GCACGAGGAGGCCGAUGGCCCACAAACAGUUUAAGGUCCAAGAGAGAAAAGACAGAGCAAGAGAGAGAGAGAGAGAGAGAGAGAGAGAGAGAGAGAGAGAGAGAGAGAGAGAGAGAGAGAGAGAGAGAGAGAGAGAGAGAGAGAGAGCGAGAGAGAGAGAGAGAGAGCGAGAGAGAGAGAGAGUGAGAGAGGGAGAGAGCAAGAGAGAGAGAGAGAGAGAGAGAGAGAGAGAGAGAGAGAGAGAGAGAGCGAUAGAGAGAGAGAGGGAGAGAGAGAGAGAGAGAGAGAGAGAGAGAGAGAGAGAGAGAGAAAGAGAGAGAGAUGGAGAGAGCGAGAGAGUGAGAGAGAGAGAGAGAGAGAGAGAGAGAGAGAGAGAGAGAGAGAGAGAGAGAGAGAGAGAGAGAGAGAGAGAGAGAGAGAGAGAAAGAGAGAGAGAAAGAACUGGUGGUGCUCAUGGUGCGAUAGCAGCUUCAUCCUAUCCAUCAUCACGAAAGGGUAUUCAGACUAUUACAUACCCCAUCAACUAUGGCGGCCUGUCUUGAAGCAUCCAAACCGACUGCCCUGGCUUGAGAAAGUCGGGCGUCGAUGAAAGAGGUUCCGCAUAAUGCCGAACCCGCCGCAAUCGUCAGGCGAACCGGAUCCAAAACCGAGCAGCACCGAUUUAAACCGGCCGUCGCGCAAGCGGUCUAUGCCGAAGAAAUUCUCCCGAGAAGUGAAAGACGCGUGCUGGAAUAAAGCGGGCAUAGUUAAGGGCCGCGAUCCGGAUAGAUGGCGCCAGGACGGCGAGGGGAAUGUAGUGUUUCGAGCGUUCGACGCUUGUGACGGCCCCUUCUGCUUCGAAUUCGACCGAGUAGUACCGAGGAAUAAGGGAGGCGACAGCUCAGUGGACAACUGCACCAUACGCCAGACAUUCCCCUGCAAGAAUCCCGGGUCGCCCAGGGGUCUUCAAAUACUGGAACGAGAAUUCUCAGACGCCGACUUGGAUCUGAUUGAAGAGAGUGCGUAUGGAAAUGUUACACAGACCCAACAAGGUUCAAGGUGUAGCAUACAAUAAGGCGACUGUACAAAAGCUCUGCUUUGUCCCAUCAGGGGUGCUGAUUAAAAUAAUGAUUGUAGGCUAGUAUGUGUAACAACUCUGAUGAUUGUAUGGCAAAUUUUGUAGUUUUUGAGAUGCUUUGUUGUGAGCAUGCUCUGUGGCUACUGUUCAGCUGUGUGAAAGGCACAUCAACUG